AUGUCGUGUUCUGGCCCAGAACAGCAGUCAAGUAAUGAUUGGACUCCGUUGUCUUGGACCACAAAGCCCAUCAAACAAGAAGUGGUGUAUGAUGAUAAGGAAGGUUUAAAAAAUGCCUUGGUCAAACUUCAACGAUUACCUUCGUUGGUGACCCCUCAGGAGAUUGUUAACUUGAAAAAUUGUUUGAGAAAUGUUGCCCUUGGUAAAGCCUUUGUUCUUCAGGGGGGCGACUGUGCUGAGCUGUUCGAUUACUGCAAUCAAGAGAUGAUCGAGGCAAAGAUCAAAUUGAUUCUUCAAAUGAGCUUAGUCUUAAUCUGGGGAGCCAAUAAGCCAGUAGUGAGAAUCGCUCGUAUCGCGGGCCAGUUUGCCAAACCUCGUUCAAGCACCACUGAAACCAUCGAUGGCGUGACGAUGCCAUCCUUCCGUGGCGAUAACAUCAAUGGCUUUGAGGCAGACCCCGUGUCCAGAACUCCGGAUCCCUCCCGCCUAGUAUCUGCAUACUUUCAUUCUGCUGCAACUUUGAAUUAUAUCAGAGCAGCGCUUUCAUCCGGUUUGGCUGACCUCCACUCCCCGUUGGACUGGGGACUUGGCCACGUCAUCACCCCGUCAAUAAAAGAACAGUACGAACGUAUCGUUUCCAGAGUGACCGACUCACUGCGCUUCAUGAAAACUGUGGGUCUCGACACAGCCCGGGGAAUCGAAACCGUGGACAUUUAUACCAGCCACGAAGGCCUGAUGCUAGAAUACGAACAGAGCCUCACCAGAUACUACCGCGCACCCCAGGAUUCAGUACCUAAAUCAUACCAUGCAACAGCAGGAAAUGCUUCCUCCACCACCCAGCCAUCAAGCGGCCACUACGCCACCUCUGCUCACUUCCUCUGGAUAGGCGACCGCACCCGCCAACUCACUGGUGCCCACGUGGAAUUCUUCCGUGGCCUUUCCAACCCCAUCGGCAUUAAAAUCAGCCCAACGAUGGAGCCGGAUGAACUCGUCGAACUGCUUAACAUAGUAAACCCAAGCAAAGAAAUCGGCAAAGUCACCUUGAUAUCACGCUACGGCGCUUCGAAGAUCGCCUCUUAUUUGCCCGCCCAUAUUAAAGCGGUGCAAUCCUCUGGCCAUCUACCGGUCUGGCAAUGCGAUCCUAUGCACGGCAACACACUCACCACACCCUCAGGUCUCAAAACUCGGCAUUUUAAAGAUAUAUUGUCUGAGCUGCGGCAGGCGUUGGAGAUUCAUCGCGCGCAAGGCUCAUUUUUGGGCGGUAUGCAUUUGGAAUUGACCGGUGAGCCGGUAACGGAGUGCGUUGGCGGCGGGGCGGGGUUGACGGAAGAUGGUUUGGGCGAACGGUAUACUACCUUCUGUGACCCGAGACUGAACGAGAAGCAAUCGCUGGAGUUAGCGUUCUUGGUUGCGGGGUUUUACCGGGACCGGAUGGCGGAGGAGGGCGACUUGAACCCGAUGUGA